AUGAAUACCAGUAAUUUGAUUCAAUAUAGUGUGUGUGAAGUAAAUAAAAUGCAGUUUGAUAUUAGAAGGUUUGACAUUUAUCGUAAAGUGCCAAAAGAUUUAACUCAGCCGACAAAUACUGGAGCAGCAAUCUCAAUAUUUUGUGUUACAUUUAUAUCAACGUUAUUAUUAAUUGAAUUAUAUUACUUUAUUAAUCUUGGAAUUGAUAUACAGGAUGAUCUGGGGCGCCAUGAAGUUGGUCUUUUGGAUCAUAUAGUAAAAACACCUGAAAAUGAUGGACAAGGAUGUCGAAUAGUCGCCUCAUUCAGAAUAACUAAAGUUCCUGGUAAUUUUCAUAUAUCGACUCACAGGGCAUCACCACAACCUGAUCACAGUGAUAUGAAACAUGUAAUACAUGAAUUGAAUUUUGGUGAUUCUAUCAAAGGUUUUCGUCGUAUACCGAAUAGGAAAGCAUUCCAUCCAUUACGUCGUUAUAAUAAUACACUUCGACCAAGUCAUGUAUCUCACGACUAUUUGUUGAAAAUUGUGCCAACGAUUUAUGAGAAUUUAGCUGGAACACGAAGACGUCCUUAUCAAUUUACAUUUGUUUAUCGAGAGCAUAAUCCUACGCAUGCCCAUGGUGUGAAUGUACUUCCAGUCAUAUGGUUUCGUUGCGAUACGAUACCAAUUACAGUUAAAUAUACCGAACGUAGACCAAAACUUUAUACAUUUAUUACAUCGAUCUUUUCUCGUGACAAAUUAACGCCUGUAUUCUAUUACACAUACGCACCUAGUCUAAAGUCAUUAGUCAUGUCAUCAGCUCAAGCGAAACAGGAUCUAUCUUCUACAAGUGCUGAUAAGCAAACAAAUAAUGUCGGUUUUAGUGAUUUGGAUACGAAAAGUCCAAUAGCUGAACCACAAAAACAAGAUCCAACAGUUCCUAUUGAUGAAAAAGCUGGAAAACAAGCCAAAAAACAAGAUGAACCGCUUAAAUAA